CGUAAACGGAAACUGGCAUCCGCCAUGCCGCAAACUCCCGGAAGUGCUUAGGUGGCUGCAGUCAUUAUUCUGUCAUUCAUUGGUUCCGUAGAAUUGAAGAGGUUAGCGGAUGUGACGUUGGGGGAGGAGAAAAUCACGAGACGCCAUCUUGGAGGAGGGCGCGUAGUGUCGUGAAGUGGCGUAUAGUGCAGAAGGCGCUUGAGGCACGCACGGCAUUGUGCAGGAAGAGAGGGUGGGAGGAAAAAAAACAGCGCGAAACCUGCGGAACAGACAGCGGCAUUGAAGAAACAGGAGACCCACCCGCGCAAUCUGCCUCCAUCCUCUGCCCGAUGGCCGAUACCAAGGAUACGCAAGAAGAGCAUGAAACCUCUGUUGAAAACACAGAAGAUACAAAUCAUGACCCUCAUUUUGAACCAAUAGUUUCACUGCCAGAGCAAGAGAUUAAGACACUUGAAGAAGAUGAAGAAGAACUAUUUAAAAUGCGCGCAAAGUUGUUCCGAUUUGCGUCAGAAAAUGACCCACCAGAAUGGAAAGAAAGGGGCACAGGCGAUGUUAAACUGCUGAAACACAAGGAGAAGGGAACAAUUCGUCUCUUAAUGAGGAGAGACAAGACUCUUAAGAUAUGUGCAAAUCAUUACAUUACCCCUGCAAUGGAACUGAAGCCUAAUGCUGGAAGUGACAGAGCAUGGGUUUGGAACACAUACGCUGAUUUUGCAGAUGAAGCACCAAAGCCUGAACUACUGGCUAUUCGAUUUUUAAAUGCAGAAAAUGCACAGAAGUUCAAGGCAAAAUUUGAAGAAUGCAGAAAUGAAGUGAAGGGAGAUAAAGGAAAAGAUACAACCAAAAAUGAUAGUGCCGACAAAGUGGCAGAAAAACUAGAAGAGCUGUCUGUAAAGGAGGCAAAAGUGCAGGACAAGCAAGAAGAUGCCAAGCAGGAUAAAGCAGAGGAAAAGCAAUAAAUCAUCCAGAGCCUUGUACCUUUUAUUUUUACAAGGGACUUUAUAACAAAGUAAAAAGAACUGAGUUUAAACAUUCAGGUUGUUUUUCUAAGCUUUUGCCCUUAAGAAGAAAAAAAUCCAUUCCCCGGUCAUGAAAAUGUACUGUUCACUUUCUUUUUCCAUAGUGGAAACACUUAUUUAUAGUCAUCCAUACUAUUGAAUAAAGCCAGUUUGAAAAAAAAAAAGUUCAAAGAAUGGGACUUUAAUCUCCAAUUGUUAUGUAUAAAUGAAAUGUUUCAGCAGUGGCAGUCUUGGGGCUGAAAACAAGGAUAUGUAAUCUCAAUCAACACUGCAUAACUUCAGGAAGGUUUGAUUGGAUGAAUGGUGUGUUUUUUUUUGCCCUUGGUAGUAUGACUUUAACUGAAGAAUAAAUUUCAGCUGAUGACUGAUACAUUUUGUUUUCCAUGAAUGCCAGCAGAAAUUAAUGAUUUAUAGGGCCCCAGCCUUAAUCUGAUUUACUCUCAUACAUCCUUUCCACAAAAUGUUGUGAAGCAUCGGUUAGCAUUGGAUUACCAAAGACUAGGUUGUCUUGUGCCACAUGUUCUUUCUCUACACUUGGGGGGAAAAGAUGCAUGUGUUAGCUUAGCUUACAGAUCUCUUCCACUAACCCUUCUACUGUACUGUAUUGCUUACAUUUAAAUUACCAUUACAUAUAGAAUGCAAUGCCUGCAGGAUUUGCUGUGCUGAGUCUUAAAUCUAAAUGACACAAGUUGUUUUCUUUUGGAGAAAUGUGUAAGUAGUCUGUUACAGAGCACCCCUGUAUGGGUAUGGGCAUACAGGAUUUGUAAAGAAUUGUAUUAAUAAAGGGGCUGACUAGUCA